AUGUAUCACGUGAAACGUUCAUCAACAAGUAAAUUAAUGAUAAAACAAUUACAAUCUCAACUUUUAACAUUUCCAACAUCAUUUAAUUAUCCUUAUUAUAACGAUCAAACAAUUCAAUAUGAUCCAAUGAAUUACAAAUUUGAUACAGAUGUUAUGAUGAAUAACAAUACAUAUUCUUAUUUUCAAAAUGCUCUUUUUAAUGAACAACCAUCAAUACAACAGCAUGGUGAACGAAAAUCAAGUGAUUCAACAUCAUCACCAUCCCCGGCCAGCAGUAGUGAUAGUGGUUUUGGUGCCGAUCAUCAUUUUGGUAUGGGUAAUUUAAUGGUUGACAAUAAUAGUUUAUUGGUUAAUAAUGGUAAUUUAAAUCAUGUUUUGAAUAAUCAAAUUAAUGGUCAACCUACGCUCUGUUAUUAUUGUAAAAAUCAUCAUCAACCAGAAUGUUUAUAUACAUCACAUGAUACAUAUGAUGAAAAUGGAAAGCUAGUUUGUCCAUUAUUAAAAUUUUGCACAUGCCCGAUGUGUCAACGAGCAAAACAAUUGGAUAUUAAUAUUAGUAGUCGUUCAAAUGAUAUAAUCGAUGAUGAUGAAGAUAUGGAUGGACGACAAACCGAUAGUGGUGGAUCAAAAUUAUUUUUAGAAUAUUAUAUGAAAAAUACCUAA